CCUGUGAAGCAAUCCCUGAGUGCUUGCAUGUGCAGAGAGUCCCACUGGAAAUGCCUCCUGCUCUCCAUCCUCAUGUACGGCUGUCUGGGUGCGGUGGCCUGGUGUCAGCUGGCUCGGGUCACCAAGCUCAGAUUUGAUAGCUCCUUCAAGGGCAAGUCCAUGAUCUACCACGACAGCCCAUGCUCAGAUGGCUACGUCUACAUCCCGUUAGCCUUUCUGUCCAUGCUGUACGUGGUAUACUUGGUGGAGUGCUGGCACUGCCAUGUCAAGAGGGAGCUGCAGUACAAGGCUGAUGUGGACAGUGUCUACGAAUGCAUCAACCGUAUGCAGCAAGCCACCCCGUGCAUCUGGUGGAAGGCCAUCAGCUACCAUUUUGUGCGGCGUACCCGGCAGGUGACCCGGUACCGCAACGGUGAUGCCUACACUACCACGCAAGUCUACCAUGAGAGGGUCAACACCCAUGUGGCUGAAGCUGAAUUUGACUACUCUCACUGUGGAUACAAGGACAUCUCUAAAGAGCUCAUGGGCCUGGAGAGCUACACAGCCACCAAGCUGAGGUUCACAAAAUGCUUCAGCUUUGCCAACAUUGAGUCUGAGAACUCUUACUUGACCCAGAGGGCUCAUUUUUUCACAGAGAUUGAGGGGUUGGAUGACUACAUGGAAGUGAGGGAAGGCAUGCAGCUCAAAAACGUGGACUUUAAGGAACUUAUGAUGGCCUAUGGAGACCCAGAUCACCUCCCAUGGUACGUGUCCCACUAUGCUUUCUGGGUGGCAGCUAUCUUGAUGAUCUCAUGGCCACUGAGGGUACUCAUAGAGUAUCGGACAGCUUAUGUUCACUACCACGUGGAGAAAUUGCUGGGCCUGGAGUACACAGCACCUGCUGUAGCAGAGGAGCCCUUGUACAGGUACCGCAUGCCCAGGGACACCACUCAGGACAGCACUGAGCUGGAGUGGCAUAUCUGCACCAACCGGCAGCUGAUCCCCAGCUACUCAGAGGCCAUGCUCAUGGAUCUGACGGACUCCCCAGCAUACAACAGCUACACGGUGUGUCAGUACAGUGAAGCAGCCCAUGGCUGUGAACGCUGCAACCGCGCCUCCAGCACCUCGUCCAUCUUCUCACGCCACGCUUUCCACAGCUGCAGUGGCAACUCCCGCCUCUCCCUCAACACCAGCCGUUUCUCCCUCUGCCGCAUCCACGGCUCCCACAGGACAGGCCUCUGGAGAAGCCGCAGCAGCAGCAUUGCUGACCGGGGCUGCCAUGAUGAACAGUGUUGCUCCUACUCCAGCCAGUUGGCUGUCAACGAAAACCCUCCAACCUACCAUGACGCCCGCUUCUUCCCCGUGUUAAUCGUGCACAGGCCUGAGGGGCAUGACAGAAGGCAUUUCUACAUUAGACGCUCUUCCUGUCUAGAAACGUCGCUGUGA